AUGUAAGGAAACACUUGCAUAAACAAUACGUCCUUUUUUGUCUUACUCGAGAGUGAUUUUCUUUAUAAAAGCGCGUAUAACAAUUACCGAAUGGGGGCGAAACUGCACCCAGCCAACACCGAUCCCUUCUGCCUUUCCUCUUCUAGUGUUCCUUAACAAACGCGCAGAGCGUAGCGGGAUAGCUUGCGUUUCCGUGGAGGACCGAGAUUAGCCUUCUAGCAAAUAGUAAAGAUGGCUGCAGUAGAGGUUUUCAGGCCAGUAUCUGAAAACAGGACAGUGGCCGUAAUGUUUCAAGACGGUUAGUUUCGAGGUCACUUCCUCUCUUUCUUUAUCAAAUAUCCUAACGGGAUAAAAAUGGGUUCUCAAACGCUUCAGAUCUUGAGGCAAGGUGUUUGGGCUUCUAUCACUGGCGGCUGGUAUUACGAUCCCCAUCAAAAUACAUUUGUCAAUGCCUUACAUCUCUACAUAUGGCUCUUCCUACUCUGUUUCCCCUUUACGCUUUACAUGGCCCUUCCUCCCACUAUGGUGAUUGUGGGCAUCUAUUGUGGGGUAAUCGCAGUACUGUUCCUGCUGUUAAAGACUGUGAAUUACCGGCUGCAUCAUGCCCUGGAUGAGGGGGAGAUUGUGGAAAGCAGAGCAGUAGAGGCUGAAGGAAUCCGAGCCAACCCUGGCGUGGGGAAUGAUGGCAGUACCAUCCGCCAGGAGGAUAGCAAUGGGCCCGGAGAUCCAGGAGGAGGGAUCGAGAUGGCGGAUUUCAUUCGUGAAGAGACCCCACCAGUGGAUUGCAGCUCCAGAAAUUCCUUUGCUGGAAUGGACUCCAGCCACCAGCUUGUGUCCACUCAUGCGGGCAUGACUGCAGCCAAAGGGGGAGAUGUAGGAAAGACCUCGGAUGAUAUCAGCUUAAGUCUCGCUCAGAGCAGCAGCCUGUGUAAGGAUGGAAGUCAGGACCAAGACUUGAUGUCCGACCCAAAGAUGUAUUGCCUUGUCUCCAAUGAUUCGUUCGCCUCCAUGCAGCCCUCCACGUCUUUGGGCCCGCCGGAGCUGGCCAGAGACCCUGUGGAUGCCAGCGAGCCCAUCCCAAACCAAGCAACGCAGUCGUAUGAAACGGAACAGACUUCCAUCGGUCUGCUGCACUCGCAGUCGUACCGAAAAGAGCAUCAUCCCCGAGGCCUGCCUCGCACUUCCAGCUCGGCUGGCUCCGCGUUCCCUGACACUUCACUGCCUGACUACGGCCUGUACCCCCCGCCUCGCAGAGGCGGGCUGGAUCCAGUCUGUGAGCUGGAAGCUUCCAGGCUGUCCCAGGCUGGAGAGGCAGAGGGAGAUAGUGGUGGAGAAGAGGUCUUCCAGCUGGAGCAGGCUGUGGCCUCCACCUCGGGGACAGGCCACUGCCAGUCGCACACGCUGGCGAGCUCGGACUCGCGUGAGGCCCGGGACGUCGGCCCUGGGCUGUACCAGGGGGGCGCAGACGGGGUACCAGCGGUAAAGGAGAAAUCCCUAAGGGGAGAGCGGAGCGUGGACAGCCUACGCAGUCUUAGCACACGCAGCAGCGGCUCCUCGGAGAGCUACUGCAGCGGCACUGACCGGGACACCAAUAGCACCGUCAGCAGCUUUCACAGCGAACAGACCAGCUCCACACACGUGGAGAGUCUUCUCUCACUCUCAGGGGAUGAACAGGAGCGAGCGGACGGGGACAGCAGCGUGUCUGCGCCCACAGACAGCAGGACUCCCAGAGAGGGCGUCAGCCCCCGGUGCCCUAGCCGGGAUAGCAGCUCUCGGGGGCUGAGCAGCCUUUUGUCUGGGGAGGCUAACAAGAACCCUCAUGCCAACGAGCUGAUGGCCAUACAGCCGUCUGACAGCAUUGUUCUUUUCACCCAAGAGGCAGCUGAUCCCUGCAGCUGCACAGAGGAUCCCGUCUCCGGGGCAACCGCCGACGGCUCUGCUCCCCUGAUUCUUCGGGAUCAGAAGCAAGACAAGGAGGACGUACGGCCCAAGUCGGUGAACCUGAUCCACCGGGCCUCCUCCUCGGCGGGGCGGAGCAGCCGUCGGCGGAUGGGGAAGAAACGUGCCAGCAGCUUUGACACCAGCCGUCACCGCGACUACAUGUCGCUGCGGAAUACAGCUAAGCCACGCAGCGCCAUGUUCCCCAGAGAAGACGACUCCAGUGACCAGAGUGAGCUGAGCUGCACCUCCAGUUUGCAUUCCACACACCACUUCAGCACAGACAGUUCCUCCAGCACCACCUCUCACUCCUGCCACUCACCCGAGGGCCGUUAUAGUGCCCUCAAGGCCAAGCAAGCGAUUGCCUCAUCGCUCUCGGUGAAGGGCAUCGUUGGGCCUGAGGGUGGGGUUGGGGGUGGAGGAAAGCGUCGCUCCUCCCGACGUACCUCAAGCACAGGCAGUGCUAAGACUCACGCCAGGGUGCUGAGCUUGGACAGCGGUACGGCCGCUUGCCUUAAUGACCCCAACCAAUUGGUCGCCCCCACUGGUACACGCCCCCUCACCACCUCGAAGUCAGACCUUGAGGCCAAAGAGGGUGAGGUUUUAGACGCCGUUUGCCUGCUGGGUCGAGCCUCGCAGCUGGAGUCUGUCACGCGAUCUAGGAACAGCCUCCCCAACCACGCCGCCUUUUCCGAGACCCAGGAUGUGCCCGGCUCUUCGCGCGCCCCAGUGAGUGAAGAGACCGUCGCAUUUCGCCGCGAGCGCAGUACCUUCCGCCGUCAGGCAGUACGGCGACGCCACAAUGCCGGGAGCAACCCCACACCCCCCACCUCCCUCAUCGGCUCGCCUCUCAGUCUCCAGGAAGCUCUGAAUCAGGCAUCCCAGCCUUCGACUAUCAAAGGGCAGCCUUCUCGUACCCCGUCCCAGGUGACCGUGCUAAGCGUAAAUGCCUCCCUGCUGGCCAGGAAUGGAAGCGUGCAUCUGGAGAGCUCUCAGGACAAGGCCUCGACCGUGGGCACCACCAGCCUGCAAGAUGAUUUCGGGAAGCUCACCCCCUCUCUGUAUGAAGCUGGCGGCUGUGAUAUGUCUCUAGUAAACUUUGAACCUGCAACCAGACGAGCCUCUAACAAUAUCUGGGACACAGAUUCCCAUCUCUCCAGUUCUACCUCAGUUCGCUUUUAUCCUCAUGACCUGGUGAGUGUUAGGCCGAGUGUGGGGAACAGUGGCUGCAGCGACAGACGACUGGCCCUUAACUUGCUCUCUCUUCCCCAGAUUCGACUUAACCGUCUCCUGACAAUGGACCCGGAGCUACUGGAACAGCAGGAUGCUGAUCUGAGCCCAGAGCUCCAGGAUGCCCCGCUGGGUUCAGAGGAUCCCUCUGCAGUGACAGCACACAAAGCCAAGCAGUACUACCGCUUCUGGCUGUUCCCCUACCUGUGGGUAGGACUGCACUUUGACCGGCUAACUCUGUUAGCGCUCUUUGACAGGAACCGGGAGGUUCUUGAGAAUGUGCUGGCGGUGCUGCUGGCGGUUCUAGUGGCCUUUCUGGGUUCCAUCCUGCUUGUACACGGCUUCUUCACUGACAUUUGGGUGUUCCAGUUUUGCCUGGUCAUUGCCAGCUGCCAGUAUUCUCUCCUAAAGAGUGUCCAGCCAGACUCCUCUUCCCCUCGACAUGGUCAUAACCGGAUCAUCGCUUACAGCCGACCCGUCUACUUCUGCCUGUGUUGUGGGCUCAUCUGGGCUCUAGACUACGGCAGUGGGCGGAGCAGCUCCGGGGACGUCUCCAUCUAUGGCGUGGCACUGACCAGCUCUCUGCUGCUGGCCUCGGCUCGGGAUUUGGUCAUAGUGUUUACUCUGUGUUUCCCCGUCGUGUUCUUUGUGGGGCUGCUGCCGCAGGUCAACACCUUUGUCAUGUACCUGUCUGAACAGCUUGACAUCCACGUGUUCGGAGGAAAUGCUUCCACCAGCUUACCAUCUGCACUCUACGGCAUAAUACGCAGUAUUGUCACUGUAGCCCUCUUGUAUGGACUUUGCUACGGUGCCCUAAAGGAAUCUUGGGAUCCCCAGCACAUCCCUGUGCUGUUUUCUGUGUUCUGUGGCCUUUUGGUGGCUGUGUCCUACCAUUUAAGUCGACAGAGCAGUGAUCCAUCUGUCCUCAUCUCAUUGGUCCAAUCCAAGAUUUUUCCUAAUAUAAAAGAAAAAAACCCAGAGGAUCCCCUCGCUGAGGUGCACGACCCCCUGCCCGAAAAACUUAGGAAUUCUGUUAAUGAGCGGCUACAGUCGGACUUGAUCGUGUGCAUAGUCAUCUCCGUUUUGUACUUUGCCAUCCAUGUCAGCACCGUGUUCAUUGCGUUGCAGCCAAUUCUAAGAUACGUGUUGCACACACUGGUGGGGGCAGUGGGAUUGCUGACCCAUUACCUCCUACCCCAAGUUCGCAAGCAGUUGCCUUGGUACUGUUUCUCCCAUCCUCUACUCAAGACCAAGGAGUACUACCAGUUUGAGGUCAGAGGAGCGGCUCAUGUAAUGUGGUUUGAAAAACUGCACGUUUGGUUGCUAUUCGCAGAAAAGAAUGUCCUCUAUCCACUGGUCAUCCUGAAUGAAUUAACCAGAAGUGCUCAGGAUUUCGCUAGUCCCAAAAAGCUUGACAUAGAGAUGGGCGCUCUGAUGAUCACGGUAGCUGGUCUUAAGCUGCUCCGCUCUUCCUUCAGCAGCCCCACCUAUCAGUACGUAACGGUGCUCUUCACCUUUCUCUUCUUCAACUUCGAUUACCGUAACCUCUCAGAAACCCCGUUGCUCAACCUCUUCUUCAUGUCCAUCGUCUUCAGCAAGCUGUGGGAGUUGUUCUACAAGCUGCGUUUUGUCUACACCUACAUUGCUCCCUGGCAGAUCACCUGGGGCUCUGCCUUUCAUGCUUUUGCCCAGCCGUUUGCCGUUCCUCACUCUGCCAUGCUAUUUGUCCAGGCAAUAGUGUCUGCAGUUUUCUCCACACCACUCAACCCCUUUCUUGGUAGUGCCAUCUUCAUCACCUCCUAUGUCCGUCCUGUCAAGUUCUGGGAGAGGGACUACAACACGAAGAGAGUUGAUCAUUCCAACACCAGAUUGGCCUCCCAGCUGGACAGGAACCCAGGUUCUGACGACAACAACUUGAACUCCAUUUUCUACGAGCACCUGACCCGCUCCUUACAGCACAGCCUCUGUGGUGACCUACUUCUGGGCCGCUGGGGCAACUACAGCACAGGCGACUGCUUCAUCCUGGCUUCUGACUACCUCAAUGCACUGGUGCACUUGGUGGAGAUUGGGAAUGGUCUGGUCACAUUCCAGCUGCGUGGGCUUGAGUUUAGAGGGACGUACUGUCAGCAAAGGGAGGUGGAGGCCAUCACAGAGGGGGUGGAGGAGGAUGAGACCUGCUGCUGCUGCGAGCCUGGACACCUGCCCCACAUGCUGUCCUUCAAUGCUGCUUUCGGGCAGCGCUGGCUUGCCUGGGAGGUGCUGGUUACGAAGUAUGUGCUGGAGGGCUAUAGCAUCACUGAUAACAGCGCAGCCUCCAUGCUGCAGGUGUUCGACCUGCGCCGCAUACUCACCUCAUACUACGUCAAGGGGAUUAUCUACUAUGUGAUAGCCUCAGCCAAAUUGGAAGAGUGGCUGGCUAACGAGACCAUGCGAGACGGCUUGCGCAGCUGCAGUGAGCGGAACUAUGUGGACCUGGACCCAACCUUUAACCCAAACAUUGAUGAAGACUAUGACCAUCGUUUGGCAGGCAUAUCCAGGGACAGCUUCUGUGGGGUCUAUCUCGGUUGGAUACAGUACUGCAACUCACGGCGACAGAAGCCUCUGGACAGCGAGAAAGAUUCUGCGCUGGUGACAUUGUGCUAUGGACUGUGUGUACUGGGACGGAGGGCACUGGGAACUGCUUCGCACCAUAUGUCCAGUAACCUGGAGUCCUUCCUGUAUGGACUUCAUGCCCUCUUCAAGGGAGAUUUUCGCAUCUCCUCAGUUCGGGAUGAGUGGAUCUUCGCUGACAUGGAACUUUUGAGGAAAGUCGUUGUCCCAGGAAUCCGAAUGUCGCUCAAACUCCAUCAGGACCACUUCACAUCCCCAGAUGAGUAUGAUGAGCCAGCAGUUCUGUAUGAGGCUGUUUCCACCCACCAGCAAAACCUGGUCAUUGCCCACGAGGGCGACCCUGCCUGGCGGAGUGCCGUCCUCUCCAACUCCCCUUCCCUCCUUGCCUUGCGCCAUGUUCUCGAUGAGGGCACGAAUGAGUACAAGAUUAUCAUGCUUAACCGCCGUUACCUCAGCUUCCGUGUCAUCAAGGUUAACAAAGAGUGUGUGCGUGGGUUAUGGGCAGGGCAGCAACAAGAGCUUGUCUUUUUGCGGAAUCGGAACCCAGAACGUGGCAGUAUCCAGAAUGCAAAGCAAGCACUUCGUAACAUGAUCAACUCGUCUUGUGACCAGCCCAUUGGUUACCCAAUCUAUGUUUCACCGCUCACCACCUCAUAUUGCAACUCUCACAGUCAGCUUGGCCACAUUCUUGGAGGCCCAAUCAGCAUCGGAAACAUUCGCAGUUUCAUCGUCAGCACCUGGCACAGGCUACGCAAGGGCUGUGGCGCCGGGUGUAACAGCGGUGGGAAUAUUGAGGAUUUGGAUGCCAAUACAGGCAUAUCCUGUACGAGUGGAAAUGGGACAGGGGUGAGUGACUCCCAGCAGAGUUCUGUCUCUCAGUCUGCUGUGCCCGGGCCUGCAGUCACCCAUCCAUACCAGCCGCACUCUCUGGGUACGAGUCAGAGUUCUCAGUCUGUGCAGUCAGGCCUGGUACGUCACUCACCAGCACGGGCCUCUGUGGCGAGCCAGUCGUCAUCGUACCGCUACAGUAGCAGUCGCCAUUCGUCCCUCCGCACCUCCGCCACUGGCCUGGAGCCGUGCCGUCGCUCAUCCACUAGCCAGCUGUCGCUGCGCACGCUGCCCACCUCUCUGCAGCUGCGCUUGGGCCCGGACGUCGCUGGACCCUCAGCCUCCCUUUCUAGCCAUAGCAUACCGCCGUGCAAGCGGCACACUUUGGUGGGCCUGCUGGGCAGUGAUGUGCUCUGCGCCCCCGAUCCCACCGGCCACCACCAUUUGACACUGUCCACUGUACGCAGGGAUGAUAUCUCGUACAGGGUGCAGAUUGUGGACAUUAGUCAGGUUCUGGAGACCAUUAACAUGUCAAAACGCAAGGAAUUACAGUGGCCUGAUGAGUCUCUGCGUCUAAAAGCUGGCCGCAGCUGCUGGAGAGACUGGAGUCCCCAGGAGGGCAUGGAGGGACAUGUGAUUCACCGAUGGGUGCCUUGUAGCAGAGACCUGAGUAGUCGAUCCCAUAUUGACAAGACCAUCCUGCUGGUACAGGUGGAGGACAAGCUGGUACCAAUCAUAGAGACCGGGGUCAUUGAGCUGGGUGCCGAAGUCUAACCUGGCUUAAAUAACGAGGGUGUAACUAGAUAGCAAUUAGCAGGACUCCUGCGAAUGCACCCUCCUUUCAGAUUUCCAAAGGGUACGGGAAGCAGGGAAAAUUGCAAGUAGAUGUUACAAAUCUGCUCUGCUCUGCGUUGUGCAAAUAUGCUGCAUGAUAGACUUUUGUUAAACAUGUUCGAUUUUAUGUUGACCAUUGCUGAUUUCUAUGCAUUUCAUGAUGACAAUGACUGACUCACAGAGUUAGUUCUGUAACUAUCAUGGCAGAAAAACCAAAAAAUGGAAAAAAGAAAAAAAAAACUGGGGUUUUCACAGAUCACUUGCCAAAAAAAUGGUCACAAAUCAGCUACAAUGUCAGCAAGCUUGUUUUCUUACUUUUUGCCACCCUGUGAUUUUCAAGAGGAAACUGGUAGUAGAUCAGGUAAAUGAAUGCAGGUGCUGUCAAUUAAAACAGUUUCAUUUGCUUUCAUUGUCAUUCCGAUUUUAUUUUAAAGUUGCAAAAAACCAUUGGGAGAGAAUUUGCACUAUAAUUUUACUUAUUGUGUUUUUAUUAUUUACAGCAAUGCACUACAGUUUUGAAGUAACAUCUCUAUUUAUUACGGACAGAAUUUAACUCGAAUCUGUGGUUUACUGAUGCCUUGGGAAUGAACACAUGCAAUCAUCGUUUAUUAGUCUGCCAUUUUUCUGUGUAUGGAGUUUUUAUUUAACUUAAAGUUUUUAUCAUAUAAGUAUAUAUUAAUAUACAUAUAAAAUUCAUUGUAAAAAUUGAAUAUUUAUUACCGUGAACAUAUUUACAUUUUGUUACAUUUAUUUCAUUAACGAGACAAAGGUAAAAAUGUAUCGAGGAUCAUCGGUCAGAACAGCAAGCCCAAAUUUUGGUGGACUGUUUUCCAAUUUAGUUCUUUUAUAAGUGGAGAAGAAUAAAAGUGUUCUGAUUUA